AUUGAACACGGUCGAGAGUAGUGGAAGUGGUUUUGGGCAAUUGCAACUGGUCCGCCAAUCCAACCGCUUUCUUCGUCUCACCGUCGAUGAAGAUGAAGACGACGAUGUUCUUGCACUGACUGGCGCGCCCUUUCUCUCUCCUCCUCCAUUUCGCAUCCUAUCAGUCCAAGAACUCGCCGCAUAUUGCACGCUACACCACUCUCGACUCCGUUCCUCAUGGCUUCAUCUAGAUUCAGCAGCUCUGUUCCUCUUAACGCGAUCGUCUCCGAGAAUGGCGGUGGCGGUGGCGGUGGCUCCAAUGGCUCCGUUUCGUCCUCUUCAGCUUUAGUAGAUACUGAAAACGACGAGAAUUCAGUUCUUGGGGUUGGGUAUCGUCUUCCUCCCGCUGAAAUCAGGGACAUUGUUGAUGCUCCACCGCUUCCCAUAUUGUCAUUCUCGCCACACAGGGAUAAAUUAUUGUUCCUCAAGCGGAGGUCAUUGCGUCCAAUAUCAGAACUUGCAAAACCAGAAGAAAAGCUGGCUGGUAUACGUAUUGAUGGACAGUGCAAUUGCAGAAGUCGAAUGUCGUUUUAUACUGGAAUAGGCAUUCAUCAGUUGAUGCCUGAUGAUUCCUUAGGUCCAGAGAAGGAGGUUCAUGGCUUACCAGAUGGUGCUAAGAUUAAUUUCGUUACCUGGUCACCCGAUGGCCGCCAUUUAUCUUUCAGCGUGCGAGUUGACGAGGAAGAUGGCAGUAGCGGUAAACUUAGAGUUUGGGUUGCUGAUGUCGAAACUGGGAAAGCUAGACCUUUGUUUCAGAAUACAGACAUCUAUGUGAAUGCAGUUUUUGAGAAUUUUGUUUGGGUAAACGAUUCUACUUUGUUAGUAUGCACCAUUCCUUCCUCUCGUGGAGAUCCACCAAAGAAACCUUUAGUUCCCCAUGGUCCAAAAGUUCAAUCAAAUGAGCAGAAGAACAUUAUUCAAGCUAGAACCUUUCAGGAUUUGCUAAAGGACAAAUAUGAUGAAGAUUUAUUCGACUACUACGCCACUAUCCAGCUUGUUUUGGGUUCAUUGGAUGGAACAGUUAUGGAGUUCGGCACACCAGCUAUAUAUACGUCACUGGACCCUUCCCCUGAUCCGAAAUAUAUUUUGAUUAGUACCAUUCACCGGCCGUAUUCUUUUACCGUUCCAUGUAGUAGAUUUCCUAAAAAGGUAGCUGUGUGGACAACUGAUGGAAAAUUUGUUAGGGAGCUUUGUCAUUUGCCUCUUGCUGAGGAUAUCCCCAUUGCAUUCAACAGUGUAAGAAAGGGGAUGCGUUCCAUCAGUUGGAGAGCAGAUAAGCCAUCCACACUCUACUGGGUGGAAACUCAAGAUGGUGGAGAUGCCAGAAUAGAGGUUUCUCCUCGUGAUAUUGGUUAUACACAAUCUGCCGAACCAGUCGAAGGUGAACAGCCAGAGAUACUGCAUAAACUUGAUCUUCGUUAUGGAGGAAUAUAUUGGUGUGAUGAUUCACUGGCUCUAGUUUAUGAAUCUUGGUACAAGACGCGCAGAAUACAAACUUGGGUAAUCUCUCCUGGAUCUAAAGAGUACAAUCCUCGCAUUCUAUUUGAUAGGUCAUCAGAAGAUGUGUAUUCAGACCCUGGGUCACCGAUGCUGCGGAGGACUCCUCUUGGGACAUACGUAAUUGCAAAGUUAAAGAAGGAAAAUUAUGAAGGCACAUAUGUUCUACUAAAUGGUAGUGGUGCUACUCCUGAAGGGAACAUCCCUUUUAUUGAUUUAUUUGACAUAAACACAGGCAGCAAAGAAAGAAUAUGGAAGAGCGACAAAGAAACAUAUUAUGAGUGCGUUGUGGCUUUAAUGUCUGACAAGAAAGAAGGAGAUUUAAAUCUUGAUGAGCUGAAAUUUUUGAUUUCUAAAGAAUCCAAAACUGAAAAUACCCAGUACUACAUUCUGAGGUGGCCUGAUAAGAAAGCAAGUCAAAUUACAAAAUUCCCCCAUCCAUAUCCACAGCUGAAAUCACUGCAGAAAGAGAUGAUCAGAUACGAGAGAAAAGAUGGAGUUCAAUUGACAGCUACACUUUAUCUGCCACCAAACUAUGAUCCAGCAAAAGAUGGCCCUCUUCCCUGCUUGAUCUGGUCUUACCCUGGGGAGUUCAAAAGCAAAGUUGCAGCUGGACAAGUUCGUGGUUCCCCUAAUGAGUUUGCCAGUAUAGGUUCAACAUCUGCUCUUCUUUGGUUGGCUCGCAGGUUUGCUAUUUUGGCUGGACCAACAAUACCUAUCAUAGGUGAAGGUAACGAGGAGGCCAAUGAUAGAUAUGUAGAGCAAUUGGUUGCGAGUGCAGAGGCUGCGGUAUUGGAGGUCAUUAGACGGGGGGUUGCUCAUCCUAACAAGAUUGCAGUUGGUGGACAUUCAUAUGGUGCGUUUAUGACUGCGAACCUUCUGGCUCAUGCUCCCCAUCUUUUUUGCUGUGGAAUUGCUCGCUCCGGUGCCUAUAACAGAACACUGACCCCUUUUGGCUUUCAGAACGAGGAUAGAACUCUUUGGGAAGCAACCAACACAUACGUAGAGAUGAGUCCAUUUGUAUCAGCAAAUAAAAUAAAGAAGCCAAUUUUACUCAUUCAUGGUGAAGAAGACAACAACCCAGGAACUUUACCCAUGCAGUCCGAUCGAUUUUUCAAUGCCUUGAAAGGCCAUGGAGCAUUGUGUCGCCUUGUGGUUCUUCCCUUUGAAAGCCAUGGAUAUUCUGCACGAGAAAGUAUCAUGCAUGUCCUCUGGGAAACUGAUCGAUGGCUGAACAAAUACUGUUCAUCUAACCCUUCUGAUUCAGGUCAAGAUGUGGAUAAAAGCAAAGAGGGAGGCAAUGAAGCAGGAGAUUCCGAAGGGAAAGUUGUUGCUGGUUCUGGAGGUGGUGGCCCAGAGAAUUAAAGUCCUGAUCAUGAUGGAUUUUACUCUAUUCAAAGAUCAUUGUUGUGGUGUUCUUGCUGAUCUUUUGCGGCCAAGACUGAAGUGGGGAGUUCAUUUGUAAAAAUAAGAAGCAUGGAGUAAGCACAACAACGUGCAUGGGGAGAUACUGAUCCAUGCUUCUGAAGUUGUAUCAUUGAAGGUUAAAAUAAAAAGUGGCUUUUGGUAAGAAUUUUACAUCAUAUUGAAGAGACACAUAGUUGGUAAGUCACGUUCUGGUUGCUAUUUAUACGAUUUAUGGAGGCGAAAAUUUACAUGUAAACAAUUUGAAGAAUGGCUACCUGAAUCUUCAGAAGCAGUUAUGUGCUUCGUUUUCGCGUAAAAUUAGUUUGCUAUUUUG